GUGUGGCAAGCGAGAAGCCAGGCGAUUUUGACAUGCCAUGCUGGGUUGGUCGGACAGGUGUGGAAGACGAGAAACCUGGGGAAAAGACGAUCACGAUGGCUUCAUGUCGUCAACGCAAGGCGAUUUUGACAGGCCAUGCCGGGUUGGUCGGACAGGCGCCAGCUUCGGAGAAGUGGCGGGGACGCCUUGGUGUUGUGGCCAUGGAAGUGGUUGGAACGGUAGAGUUGCGGUUGAUCAAGAAGGUGACUCCCAUGCAACGAGGUGCGCGAUUUAGUACCGAAGCCUUAGACCUCUGCAAGCACGCCCAGACUUGGAGCUCGGAUGGUCUGCGUCGAUCUGAUGCUGGUGAGCAAGGAGACAAUGGAGGAGAUCAUGAAGGUGACUGA